GCUCCAUCACCUCGGAGCGGGCGCGCAUCGCUCUCCAGCCGCCAUGGCCAGGCUCCUGGGCACCCGCUGCCUGCUGCUGCUGCUGCUCCUCGGCCUCUGCGCCGACCUCGCCUCCUCCAAGAAGGGCAAAGGCAAACCCGGCGGGGGCGGCUGGGGCACGGGGAGCCACCGCCAGCCCAGCUACCCCCGCCAGCCCGGCUACCCCCAAAACCCCGGCUACCCCCAUAAUCCGAGCUACCCCCACAACCCCGGCUACCCCCACAACCCCGGCUACCCCCACAACCCCGGCUACCCGGGCUGGGGCCAGGGCUACAACCCGUCCAGCGGAGGAACUUACCACCAGAAGCCGUGGAAGGCGCCCAAGCCCAAGACCAACUUCAAGCACGUGGCGGGGGCAGCGGCGGCGGGCGCCGUGGUGGGGGGCCUGGGGGGCUACGCCAUGGGCAGGGUGAUGUCGGGGAUGCACUAUCGCUUCGACAGCCCCGACGAGUACCGCUGGUGGAACGAGAACGCCGCGCGCUACCCCAACCAGGUCUACUACCGCGACUACCGCGGCCCCGUGCCGCAGGACGUCUUCGUGGCCGACUGCUUCAACAUCACCGUCACCGAGCACAACAUCGGCCCCGCCGCCAAGAGGAACGCCUCGGAGGCCGGCGCGGCCGCCAACCAGACGGAGGCGGAGCUGGAGACGCGCGUGGUGACCAAGGUGAUCCGCGAGAUGUGCAUCCAGCAGUACCAGGAGUAUCGCCUGGCCUCGGGCAUGCGGCCCCGCCUCGCCGACGCCUCGCUGGCCGCCCUGCUGCUCCUCGUCCUCGUCGCCCUGCACUAGAGCGCCCCGCGGCUUCCGGAUGUCGCCCGUGUCCCCGUGGGGUCCCCCCCGUUCUCGCUUGCGGUCGUUUUUGGUGAGGAGCCCCUGGGGCGCUCCCCGGCGCCUCCACGGAGUGUCCGGCUUAGGCGGCGGGAUGAAAAUUUCCUUUUCUGCCCCAAACGCGUCCCCAGGACAGCGCUGGAGCCCAAAACCGCGGCCUUCAGCUCCUCCUCCUCCUCGGGGCCACCCCGAGAGGGACCAGGCAGAGGGGAGCUCUCCUUGGCACCCCUGCGAGGGUGUUUCCGAAAUUCCUCGUCGUUAACAGGCAGGGUUUUGUCUCACCCCUCAGUCCCGCUGCCGCCACACCCCCUUUUCCCCUGGGGCACCCCAGCACGUCUGGGGAUUUCAGAGGGGCAGCUACGGGGUUUUCAAGCGGCCUGGUCGCAGCUUGAACCGCUUAAUCCUAAAAAAAUCCCCCCCUUCCUCGUGUACAUAAGGAGCUGCCACUGCACACCCUGCAUGCUGCAAACCCCCUGCAGCAACACACCGAAACAAAGGCGAUUUUUACUCCCCACCACAGCGAGGCUGAAACACCAGUCGGUCUUUAGAGGCAGAAAGUGCUGCUGAAUGCCCCAAACACUCCCAAAAUAGCAUUAGAGCCCGAGAAAAAGCUGUUUGGGAUGCUCUAGGCGACAAGUCGUGUUCAUACUUCGACAUCUGGAUCUAAAGGACGUUAAAAUGCAGCAAAAAGGAUUCUCAGGGGGGUCAAGCACGUAGCAAGAGACAGAAAUCAGCUAAACCACGCCGGUACAGCGAACAGCAUCGGGAAAAAUGCGCCUGGGAAGGGAGAUGCUUUAAAAAAAGUGUCAUUUGUGAGUAAUUCCUUCGCCCCGUGGAAGCAGCGGGUGAAAUUCUUGCUUCUCGUGUCGAUGCUGGGCUGGGGACGAGCUGUAACAUCCGUGGCGCUGCUCUUGUCGAACCGAGCUCGAUUUAAUAUCUCUCGUGUAUUUUUUCCUUUUUUUUUUUUUUUUUUUUUUGCGAGGCACUGAAUAACACUGUCCUAAAUGAGAUUUUUUUUUUUUUUUUUUGCAUUGGUGUAAGCUAAGUGAAGAUACACAUAUAUAUAUAUAUAUAUAUUACAUAAAAAUAUAUAUAAAUAGAGAGAAAAUAAACCUUUGAGGACACCCACCGGAAAAGCAGGGCUUUGAGGUGCCCCGUACUUUGUGAUACGCGGAUGUUUUGUAAACCCGUCACGGUGCAUGCCCGGGAUUUGCCGUGCUGAGCCUUUUCUAAGUGUUCCACGUCUGGUACAAAUUAAAACCGAUCAAGCCAAGGUGCCCGGCAGCCUCCUUCGUGCGCCAGCCCCUGGCUGGCCCCGCGGCGCCGCCAAACAGAAGCGGCAUUUUCCACAUUUCCCGCAUUUUCCGCCCUCCCUGUCCCCCCCUUCCCGGCCUGAGGGAGCCUUUGUUCCCUUCCAGCACCGAAUCUGGCCCAAACCCCACAGUCCCAGUUAACCUUUUCUCCUCCCCUGCUCCCACUGUUCGUAUCGCUGCAAUCCAAGAAGUGUUUUCUUAUUUCUGUCUAAUUCCACUUUCUGUCUAAUAAAGGAGUUUUUACA